CUUGGUUUAAGACAUCAAAAACAAACACUCACAAAUAAAAACUUCCCUCUUCUCUCCCAAAUCUUCAAAAUUUCAAAAAAAUCCCUAACAACAAUGGUGGCCGUUGAUUAUACCGAGAAGAAUAGUGGAAGCAGUCUCAAGUUUCUAUGCAGUUACGGUGGCAGAAUCUUCCCUCGUUCCACCGAUGGCAAGCUCCGUUACGUCGGAGGUCACACCAGAGUCCUUUCCGUUGAUCGUUCUAUCUCUUUCUCAGAGCUGAUGAAGAAACUCUAUGAAUUAUGUGGAUACUCCGUUGAUCUACGAUGUCAAUUACCAAACGGAGAUCUGGAGACUCUAAUCUCCGUCAAAUCAGAAGAAGAACUAACGAACAUCGUCGAAGAGUACGAUCGCAUCUCCGGAGCUAAGAUCAGAGCCGUUCUAUCACCUCCCAGAUCUUCGCAUAAGACCGAAUCGUCGCCGUCUUCAAGCGGCGAUCGAUCUCCGAAAUCUCCGUUCUCCGUCACGCCUUCUCCACCGAAUUCGCCUUCGCCGGCAUACGGAAGAUAUCUACAAUCUCGGUAUUGUCCGACGGAUCUUGUUCCGAGAAGAUACAAUCAUAGAUCGGAAGAAUCUCAUUGCUGCUAUACGUGUCGUGUACACAAAGACUCUAGGCUCAUCUGGCAUUGACGGAGAUUGGAAAAAAAAUCGAAUAUACGCCAUAGAUACGG